AUGGCUUCCGGUAGCAGCUCUUUACCUCCACCUCCAGUUUUUGCUGGAGAAAAUUAUGAUUUGUGGGCUGCAAAGAUGAGAACUUAUCUCAGAGCUCAAAGUUUGUGGGAAGUGGUGGAAAAUGGAAGCAAUCCAGCUCCUUUACCAGACAACCCAACUAUGGCUCAGAUAAGAUUUCACAAUGAUGAAGUGGCUAAAGAAGGCAGAGCACUUGCCAUCAUACAAGCAGCUGUUCAUGACGAUGUUUUUAUCAAGAUUUUGAAUCUUGAUACAGCAAAAGAGGCUUGGGACAAACUCAAGGAGGAGUUCCAAGGCAGUGAAAGAACAAGGAGGAUGAAGGUGCUGAAUCUGAGAAGAGAAUUUGAAGCAAUCAAAAUGAAGGAGUCUGAAACAGUGAAGGAGUUUUCUGAUAGGCUCUCUAAGGUGGUUACACAAAUCAGAUUGCUAGGUGAAGAACUUAGUGAUCAAAGAGUUGUGGAGAAAGUCUUGGUUUGUCUUCCUGAGAGGUUUGAAUCAAAAAUCUCAUCUCUUGAAGAAAACAAGGAUUUUUCUCAAAUAUCACUUGCAGAACUUGUGAAUGCUCUGCAAGCUACUGAACAGAGAAGGUCUUUAAGAAUGGAAGAAAAUGUUGAAGGUGCUUUUGCAGCUAACACCAAAGGCAAAGAUCAAGGCAGCAAUAGCUUUGGUAAAAAGCCAUUUGGUGGGAAAAAAGGCAAAGGGAAAAAGGAAGAAGACAGAAACAAAGGAGGAGCUUGGAAGGAAAAGUAUCCACCUUGCCCUCAUUGUAAAAAGAAAAAUCAUACAGAAAAUUUUUGCUGGUUCAGACCUGGAGUCAAAUGUAGGGCAUGCAACCAACUUGGCCAUGUGGAGAAGGUCUGCAAAAACAAAGUAAAGCUCCAAGGACAGCAAGCUCAAGUUGCUGAGCAUCAAGAACAAAUUGAGGAGCAAUUAUUUGUUGCUUCUUGGCACCUACUCAAGAGAGAAGUGGUAUAUCCAAGAACGCAUCUUCUCUGCAAGGAAUUGUGA